AUGACCAAGAAGCAAGUUGCCGGGUACAGUCUUGAGAGGCGCAUCGGGAAAGGCUCCUAUGCCACCGUCUGGAAGGGCCGUGACGAUAGAAAUGAGCACGUUGCUGUCAAGGCUUGGCAGCCGGUGCUAUCGGAGAAGCUCUUUGGAUGCCAAUUCCACGCUGAGGUCAUCAGCCGCCAGACUGUGACCGAGACCGCGCAGCUUCGGCAGGAGGUUGAGGUCCUGAGGAAGAUAUCGCACCCUAACAUCGUUCGUUUCCGAGACUUGAAGAAGAGCGCGGCGCACUUCUAUCUUGUGCUGGAGUAUUGUGCUGGAGGGGACUUGUCAAUUUUUCUGCGAGAGAAGGGCCGGGUGCAAGAAGAGACCGCGCGGAGAUUUCUGACACAGAUAGCAGAAGGACUCUCGGUUCUGCACCAGGUGAAUGUCCUCCAUCGCGAUUUGAAACCGCAAAACAUCCUUCUCAGCGACAGUUCCAUGGACCCAGUUCUCAAGAUUGCAGAUUUCGGAUUUGCACGUGCUCUUCCUCCGCAAGACAUGGCAGCCACCGUCUGCGGCUCGCCUUUAUACAUGGCUCCUGAGAUUCUGCGCCAUGAGCCCUACGAUGCAAAAGCCGACUUGUGGUCAGUUGGUGCCAUAUUGUUCGAGCUACUUAUGGGAAGGACACCCUUCUCUGGGGCAAACCCUAUGCAGCUGCUGGCCAACAUCGAGAAAAGCCCAGAGAUCUCCUUUGAGGGCGUGCAGCUCUCCAAUGAAGGCCAAGAAUUUCUUGGGGCGCUGCUGGUAAGUCCAGGACAGAGGCUUUCGAGCCAGGCUUUCAUGCAGCAUCCUUACGUGCGUCUAUCUUCCACAGCAUUGACGCCAGUUGCAUCUGUGACGGAUGAGAGCCCCAGCCCACCGAGCAUUGUGGGGAACCAGGAGAUGGCAUCUGAGGGCAGCUUCAUCAUGACGGACUGGGUGUCUGAUCCGAAGGAGUGUCUGCCCAAGUCGGGUGCGGCUUCACCAGUUCUGGCAUCACCGGUGUCCUGCCACUCGCCAGAGGAGAGCCCACGCGAUGCUGUAGAAGCUCAUGGCGGCUUCGUCACAGCCAGCAGCAGUGCCAGUGGCCAAGGGGAUGCAGCUCCUGGCGAGAACAACGAACCCAUCAAGAAGGUCGAGGAGCUCUCUGCAUCUGAGGCAGCCAGACCGCAUUCUGAGACUCGCGGAAUGUCUGGCGGAUCUGGACCAUCGAAUGCUGACACCAUGACCGGAAAGGUCUCGCCUUUCAUGGCUCAGGUCAUCGCCGAAGCUUGCAGAGAUCGGCCUAAGGAGUCCGGUGCAGAUACUCGUGACGAGGCGCCUGCAGCUCCGAACUACUUCCGGAUACGGAGGAACGGCAGCGUUGACGAGGAGUAUGUUGUAGUGACCUCAAAUACUCCAACAUCUUUCGCACGCGGGAAGGGUCCUACACCCGCGGCUGCCGCAAGUGGAUUUUGCAGCAACCUGAGUCGGAUUGCGCGCGCUCUGGAGCAGCUCGCCAUGAGGCUCGUGGAACAUGCACCUUUGGAAGCAUUGUCGCUUCUGCUACGGGCUUUAGCACUUCUUGAAAAAGCUCUUAAAGUGUCUUUGGAUGAUGAGCAAAUGGGAGCACCAUUGCGUAGCGACUUUUCCCGGACGUUGGCUUCUGCUGAGGAGGUUGAGAAGCAGCUUAAGGCUGCAAUCUCCACAGAGUCUGCAGCCGCUCAACCGAACCGGGCAAUCUUUGAGUCUGCGGUGCAGUAUGCGAAAGAUGCCGCGGUUGUUCUUUCCAAGGGUCACGAGGCGGGUGGCUGGGAAGCCGCCUGUCAUGAGAAGCUUACCUUGGCUCUGCUCUUGCUGGAGCUCCUGGGCAGUGAAGCAGAGGGCGAAGACGUCCCUGCCAUUGCGGGAUACACAGCACCCAUCGCCCAGCUUGCGGCCGAGAUUGAGCGGCGCCUGAAGGGGCAGACCGGCGCAGCAAGUCGGUCCGGCAGCAAGACAUGA